UCCCCAACACACACAUGAACAGUGUUCAUGAAUCAGUUUAUACUAUACGCGGCCUAGAAGAGGUUUCAUUGGGUCUCUGGCCAUCUCUCCUACAUCUAUUAUCUGGCGUAAGAAGCAGCAGAAUGUCAGAUGUCUGUCAUGAACAAGGCUAUGAUGCUCUCCUACUGGACAUAGCCAAGAGUAGACUGAUGUGCUCUGAGUGUGACCUAGUGCUGAGGGAUGCAGUUCUGACAAUAGAGGGGAAUCGACUCUGCCUACCUUGCUUCAAAAAAAUAGAAAAAUCUCCAGGUUAUAAAAGUUCAAAAACAGGAAUCAGCAUUCUAGGCAAAAAUGGAAAACCUGAUCGGUACCUGGAUAGAGGUGUGCGUUGGGAAGUGAUGCGAUUAAAAGUUAAAUGUCAUAACUGUGCUUUUGGGUGUCCCUGGACAGGACAUUUAUCCCAAUACUUUGAGGCUCAUCACCCUGAAUGCAAGUACAAACCAGUGAGCUGUUGUCCGAAUGAAGGAUGCAAAGAAAUGAUCCUGCCAGUGGAUCUAAAGAAGCAUCAGACCACGGAGUGUAUGCAUCGCAUCAUCAACUGUCAAUACUGCAACCAAACAACUAAGCCAGUCGAACUGAAAGGUCAUCGUGAGGUCUGCAUAAAACUUCCUGUAAAGUGUUCACAUUGUGACAGUUUAAUUCCAAGAGAUGAGAUAGACCACCACGAGUGCCCUAAACUGGAAUGUAACUGUGGACAAGUGACCCAGGAGGACUACUUGGUUGAAGAAGUGAUGUUGGAAGACAACCAAAAGGGGUAUGACGUUGUCCUUGUAGAGCAUCAAGAGGGAUUGCAGUGCAGAGAGUGUGACUUGGUGUUGAGAGAUGCUGUACAGACAUGUGAAGGAAUCAGGGUGUGUCGGCCGUGCUAUAACAACAUUGUCAGGUUGCCUGGAGGCACAAGCCCAAAAACUGGCGUACGGGUUCUAGAUGGAAAUGGAAAGCCUUUUUAUCAUCCUGAUAUAGCUGCCCGGAGAGAAGUAGGCAAUUUAAUUGUGGCGUGCAAACUUGGAUGCCUCUGGAAUGGCCCUAUCAGCAUCUAUUUUGAGAAACAUCGUGAAGUAUGUCCCAAACUCCUAGUCAACUGUCCUGCAUGUAACAAGCAAGUCUUUCAAGGACAGUUGGAAGACCAUGAAUGCAGUCGGUAUCGGUGCUUCUGUGGUGAAACGUUUGACAAGGAAGAUACGAAUUCGAUUGAUUCACACCUGCAGAAACCUGGAGUCAUCAACAAGCAUUUUGAAAAGCUUUUUUCCGUAAUAGCGAAGCAAGAUCGAGAGCUUAACGCCUUGCAUUAUGAACUGAAACAAUUGAAUCAACAAAAUGUCAGAUCUCAUAAUCAGACAGUGCAUCAACCGACAACAACUACAUGUAGCCAAACAGCAGUGGACAACAACAUUCAAAUCAGUGACAAUUCACAGAGGAGAUGGUCAGAGCUUGAGCUACAACUUCAAGCAUCACUAGCAAGUACGCACAAUGGUUCCUUCGUGUGGCGUAUUCCAGAUAUUUUAAGGAGAAGACGGAAUGCAAUUGAAGAGCGAACCACUUCAAUCUACAGCCCUCCGUUUUAUACGGGCAGAAAUGGUUACAAAAUGUGCAUUAGAGCCUACCUUAAUGGAGAUGGUAUGGGCUACAAGACACACCUCUCUCUGUUCUUUGUCGUGAUGAAGGGAGAAUUUGAUGCAUUGUUAAAAUGGCCGUUUGAUUACAAAGUGUCUCUCAUUCUUGUGGAUCAAAACCAUCGAAAACACAUUGUACAAACAUUCAAGCCAACUCCAGAAAGUAACAGUUUCCAGCGGCCAGUAUCAGACACGAAUGUUGCAUCUGGGUGUCCUCAGUUUUCAAAGCUUUCUGUCCUGGACGAUACUUCAUAUGUAAAAGACGACGUUUUACUCGUUCAGUGUAUAUGGAUACAACUAAGAAUAUUCCACCCUUAACUGUCGAUAACUCUAGCCCUCUGUUACUGUAUUUAUUCGAUUUAAGGCGACAUUUUAAUAUAUCUCCCAUUCAUAGAUCUACACUGUACCAUUUUGCAAACCAUAAUUAUUUUUUUAGUGUCGCCUUAAAUCGAAUAAAUAUGGUAGCUAUUAUUAGUGUUACAGUGAUAUAAUUAUAUUAUUUUUGAGUGCCAUGUUUGUUGUUUCAUGAAUAUAAUUAUGACAUG